GUGAUUUUAUUUUUCUUUUCUCUUUGUUUGUUUUCUUAGUUAAUUAUAGUCCAACAAAAUUCCAUGAUCAAUGACCAUGUCAAGCUCACUCUUUCACCUCACCCUCCUAUCUUCUCCCAUUCCAACCAAACUUGUUUGUUUUAGUGCUCAAAAUAACAGCCAUGCUUCCAAAUCUCCUUUGCCAAGGCUUGAAAGUAAAGGGUGCAAGCUUGUUGGAUGUGGUUCUGCUGUGCCAAGACUUGAAAUUACUAAUGAUGAUCUUGCAAAAGUAGUUGAUACAUCUGAUGAAUGGAUCUCUGUUCGCACUGGAAUUCGUAAACGACGAGUUCUUUCCGGUGGAGAAAGCUUGACUAGUUUAGCAGUAGAGGCUGCAAGGAAAGCUAUUGAAAUGGCAAAGGUUGAUCCUAAUGAUGUUGACCUAAUCUUGGUGUGCUCAUCUACUCCAGAUGAUCUUUUUGGCACUGGUCCUCAGAUUUCAAAACAACUUGGCUCCAAAUCAAAUCCAUUGGCUUAUAACAUUACAGCUGCUUGUUCUGGAUUCAUCUUGGGUUUAAUAUCAGCUGCAAGUCAUAUUAGAGGAGCUGGAUUUCAGAAUGUUCUAGUAAUUGGUGCUGAUGCUGUUUCGCGACAUGUCGAUUGGACAGACAGAAGUUCUUGUAUUAUUUUUGGUGAUGCUGCUGGUGCCGUACUAUUACAGGCUUGCAACUGUGAGGAAGAUGGUUUAUUUGGUUUCGAUUUGCAUAGUGAUGGUGAUGGAUAUAGGCAUAUAACUGCUGCAUGUAAAGAAGAAGGGGCAACUAAGGCACAAGACUCAAAUGAGGGUGUGUUGGAUUUUCCUCCUAAGAAACAUUCAUACUCAUACAUUCAAAUGAAUGGCCAAGAAGUGUUUCGAUUUGCUAUAAGAAGUGUUCCACAAUCAAUUGAGUCAGCACUUGAAAAGGCUAAUCUAUCUGCAUCCAACAUUGAUUGGUUAGUUCUUCAUCAGGCAAACCAGAGAAUUAUUGAUGCAGUGGCCAACAAAUUAGAACUUCCUUCAGAAAAAGUGAUAUCAAAUUUGGCUAAUUAUGGUAAUACAAGUUCAGCUUCCAUUCCUUUGGCUUUAGAUGAAUCAGUUAGAAGUGGAAAGAUUAAGGCAGGCCAAAUUAUUGCAGCUUCUGGCUUUGGUGCUGGUCUUACUUGGGGAUCAGCUAUUUUUCAAUGGGGUUGAGACUUUGUUUCAUUACUUUUUUUCUUAGGGAUGAAAUUAUUGAUAUUCUACAUUAUUAUUUUUUUUAUAUAUAUAAGGAUAUACUACGUGAUUUUAAAUUUUAGCUCAAUUAACAAAUGUCUAUAUUUUUAUGUUGAAUAUUAUGUUUUGAAUUUGAAUUUAGACCUUUACAACCGUGUGUGUGAGUUCUAA